ACCCUCGUGUUCUUCCGCUCUGAGUCCAUCUUGGUCUCGCCGAUCGCACCCAAACCGCUCCUGAUGCCGCGGAUAACUGAGGCUUCUAAGCCACCUGCUUCUGAUGAAACACUGCGUCCCACAGAACAAGGCGGGAAACCUGCAAGAUCAGCUUUUCUAUGGGUGGCCUUGUUUGUGCUCUUCCUGAAUAGCUCUUGGGCUGUCUACCAUUUUCAAUUCGAGAGUCUACCUUUGCCUCUCGAUGCUGAGCAAGCAGGCAAGCGUGGUUUCUCUGAAGUGUCGGCUUUGGAGCAUGUCAAGUAUUUGACCAAAUUGGGUCCUCAUCCCGUCGGUUCAGACGCUCUUGAGCUUGCAGUGCAGUAUGUUUUUGCAGCAACAGAGAAGAUUCAGAAGACAGCUCAUUGGGAGGUUGAUGUUCAGGUGGAUCUCUUCCAUGCGGAGACUGCCGCAAAUCAUCUCUCCAAAGGUCUCUUCAAGGGGAAAACACUUGUAUAUUCAGAUCUGAAGCAUGUUGUCUUGAGAAUCUUGCCUAAGUACCUGCCUGAAGCAGAAGAUAAUGUUAUUCUGGUUUCCUCACACAUUGACACAGUUUUCUCAUCGCAAGGAGCUGGUGACUGCAGCUCAUGUGUGGGAGUUAUGUUAGAACUUGCUCGAGGAAUUGCUCAAUGGGCUCAUGGAUUUAAGAAUGGUGUCAUUUUUCUUUUUAAUACUGGAGAGGAAGAGGGCCUUAAUGGAGCUCACAGCUUUAUAACACAGCAUCCAUGGAGGAGCACCAUUAGAUUUGUAGUAGAUCUGGAAGCUAUGGGGAUUGGUGGAAAAUCCAUUGUUUUUCAGGGUGGUUUAGUGCCAUGGGCUCUUGAAACUUAUGCCAAGGUCUCAAAGUACCCAUCUGGUCUAGUUAUUGCACAGGAUCUCUUUCAUUCUGGUGCAAUACAAUCUGCUACAGACUUUCAGGUGUAUGAAGAAGUUGGCGGUCUUUCUGGACUUGAUUUUGCAUAUACAGAUGCUACUGCUAUUUACCAUACAAAGAAUGACAAAUUGAAGCUUUUGAAACCAGGAUCUCUUCAACAUCUGGGAGAAAACAUGCUGGCAUUUCUAAUUCAAUCUGCUAUGUCAACAAAUCUCCAAAAUAAAAUGGAAGUGAAAAAGGAUGGCAUUGUUCAAAGCCAAUCUAUCUUUUUUGAUAUCCUGGGUACAUACAUGGUUGUCUACUCGCAACGACUUGCAACAAUGCUGCAUAACUCAGUGAUAUUGCAAUCACUUCUUAUAUGGACAACAUCUCUUAUUAUGGGUGGCUAUCAUGGUGCUAUGACAUUUGGAUUAUCGUGUUUUAGCAUUUUGCUCAUGUGGAUUUGUUCUCUAAGCUUAUCAAUAAUGGUUUCUUUUCUCAUACCCUUGAUUUCCACCUCACCUGUACCAUAUAUUGCAAACCCAUGGUUAGUUAUUGGCUUAUUCGGCGCACCUGCAGUACUUGGGGCAUUGACUGGUCAACAUCUGGGCUUUCUUUGCAUCAGUAGGUAUUUGAGAUGCACUUUUUCCAAAAGAGUGCCUACAGUAGCAUCCAACACUCUGGAAAAUUUAAUAAAGUUGGAGACUGAAAGGUGGCUUUUCAAAGCUGGUUUUAUUCAGUGGCUAAUACUUCUUAUAAUUGGCAACUUCUACAAGGUUGGGUCCUCCUUUGUGGCCCUUGUUUGGUUAGUUUCACCAGCUUUUGCUUAUGGUUUGAUGGAAGCAACAUUAUCCCCAUUACGAUCACCAAAGCAGCUCAAAAUUGUGACACUGAUUUUGGGUUUAGCAAUGCCUAUUCUGUUCUCUUCUGGGAUGAUGAUUCGAUUGGUUGGCAUAUUAGUUGGAAUCAUUGUCCGAUCAGAAAGGAACCCAGGUAGCAGACCUGACUGGCUUGGCAAUGUCAUAGUUGCUGUAUUUGUUUCAGCAAUUGUUUGUCUUAUGCUGGUUUACCUUCUUUCAUAUAUUCAUCUCUCAGGUGCAAAAGGACCAAUGAUCUUUUCAAUGCUUAUGCUGCUUGCCCUUGCACUGGCUGCAGUAUCAACUGGCAUUCUCCCAACGUUUACAGAAGACAUUUCUCGGGCUGUCACAGUUGUGCAUGUAGUGAAGACAAAAGGAAACUCUGAAAAUCAGGAUGCAUCAUCUUUCAUUUCCUUAUCUUCUUUGACUCCUGGAAAGUUGACAGAGGAAGUGAAGAAUUUGAAGGAUGAAGAAUUCACUUGUGGAUGGAAUAAAACUAUUGAUUUCGUUACUUUUACUGUGAAAUAUGGCUGUUGGAGUUCCAAGGAUUCGGGAAGUGGAUGGAGUAAAUCAGACAUUCCCAUAGUCCAUGUUGAACAUGAUUCUAUUGCAUCAGGAGCCAGAAAAACAGGAAUAUUUAUUGACACCAAAAUUUCAAAACGCUGGUCGCUUGCAAUCAAUAGAGAAGAAAUCAGAGACUUCACAUUUGAAGCUGACUCAGAAGAACUGGUACCACUUGGCGACAAGAGUGAGGUUGAUGGAUGGCAUUUUAUCCAGUUUUCUGGUGGAAAGAAUUCUCCGACAAAAUUCCGUUUGAAUCUCUUCUGGUUGAGCAACACGACACAUCAAUCACAAAAAUCAUAUGAAUCAGGAGCCUCUCCUCUGCUCUUGAAACUCCGAACCGACGUGAGCAAAAUCACACCAGAAGUCGAGAGCGUUCUUGAGAAAUUUCCACCUUGGUGUUCUCUUUUUGGUAAAUCCACUUCACCCUAUCCUUUGGCAUUCUUGACUACACUCCCAGUUCAAUUCUAGAUACUGCCUGGAUAUGAUAAAUGCCUUCCAGAGGCUUAAUGGGAUAUUAUUUUCUUGGUUAUUCAAAAUCAAAUUAGUCGUAAGUUAUAUCUGGAAAUACUUUUGUUUCUAGAUCACAGAACUACAAAAUUUUACCGUUUGAAUCAAAAUCGUAAGUAUGUGUCUGUUAUCUUUGAAGAAAAUGUUGAAUAGAACAAGCUGAUGUUUGUCUUGUUUUGCAA